AUGCAACGCAGCAAUCAGGUGACAGCAGGUGCAGUAGCGAGGGGGGAAAGUGGAAGGUUAUACAGGCAGGAGGAUGGGCGCGGGGAGGCCAUCGUCGCGCGUUUCACCGUCGUCGCACGCUUCCGUCGCGCGUCUCCCGUCGUCGCGCGUCUCACAGCGUCGCGCGUCCCCCGUCUCCUUUGGAGGCCGUCGCGUGUCUCCCGUCGUCGCGCGUCUCACAGCACUCCCUCACAGCACUCCCUCACAGCACUCCCUCACAGCACUCCCUCACAGCACUCGCUCCCAGCACACGCAAGGCACACUCCCUCACAGCACCCCCUCACAGCACUCCCUCACAGCACUCCCUCACAGCACUCCCUCACAGCACUCCCUCACAGCACUCGCUCCCAGCACUCCCUCACAGCACUCCCUCACAGCACUAGCUCACAGCACUCGCUCACAGCACUCCCUCCCAGCACUCCCUCCCAGCACUCCCUCCCAGCACUCCCUCACAGCACUCCCUCACAGCACUCCCUCACAGCACUCCCUCACAGCACUCGCUCCCAGCACUCCCUCACAGCACUCCCUCACAGCACUCCCUCACAGCACUCCCUCACAGCACUCCCUCACAGCACUCCCUCACAGCACUCCCUCACAGCACUCCCUCACAGCACUCCCUCACAGCACUCCCUCACAGCACUCGCUCCCAGCACUCCCUCACAGCACUCCCUCACAGCACUCCCUCACAGCACUCCCUCACAGCACUCCCUCACAGCACUCGCUCCCAGCACUCCCUCACAGCACUCCCUCACAGCACUCCCUCACAGCACUCCCUCACAGCACUCCCUCACAGCACUCCCUCACAGCACUCCCUCACAGCACUCCCUCACAGCACUCCCUCACAGCACUCCCUCACAGCACUCCCUCACAGCACUCCCUCACAGCACUCCCUCACAGCACUCCCUCACAGCACUCCCUCACAGCACUCCCUCACAGCACUCCCUCACAGCACUCCCUCACAGCACUCCCUCACAGCACUCCCUCACAGCACUCGCUCCCAGCACUCCCUCACAGCACUCCCUCACAGCACUCCCUCACAGCACUCCCUCACAGCACUCCCUCACAGCACUCCCUCACAGCACUCCCUCACAGCACUCCCUCACAGCACUCGCUCCCAGCACUCCCUCACAGCACUCCCUCACAGCACUCCCUCACAGCACUCCCUCACAGCACUCCCUCACAGCACUCCCUCACAGCACUCCCUCACAGCACUCCCUCACAGCACUCCCUCACAGCACUCCCUCACAGCACUCGCUCCCAGCACUCCCUCACAGCACUCCCUCACAGCACUCCCUCACAGCACUCCCUCACAGCACUCCCUCACAGCACUCCCUCACAGCACUCCCUCACAGCACUCCCUCACAGCACUCGCUCCCAGCACUCCCUCACAGCACUCCCUCACAGCACUCCCUCACAGCACUCCCUCACAGCACUCGCUCCCAGCACUCCCUCACAGCACUCCCUCACAGCACUCCCUCACAGCACUCCCUCACAGCACUCCCUCACAGCACUCCCUCACAGCACUCCCUCACAGCACUCCCUCACAGCACUCCCUCACAGCACUCCCUCACAGCACUCCCUCACAGCACUCGCUCCCAGCACUCCCUCACAGCACUCCCUCACAGCACUCGCUCCCAACACUCCCUCACAGCACUCGCUCACAGCACUCCCUCACAGCACUCCCUCACAGCACUCCCUCACAGCACUCCCUCACAGCACUCCCUCACAGCACUCCCUCACAGCACUCCCUCACAGCACUCCCUCACAGCACUCCCUCACAGCACUCCCUCACAGCACUCCCUCACAGCACUCCCUCACAGCACUCCCUCACAGCACUCCCUCACAGCACUCCCUCACAGCACUCGCUCCCAGCACUCCCUCACAGCACUCCCUCACAGCACUCCCUCACAGCACUCCCUCACAGCACUCGCUCCCAGCACUCCCUCACAGCACUCCCUCACAGCACUCCCUCACAGCACUCCCUCACAGCACUCGCUCCCAGCAUUCCCUCACAGCACUCCCUCACAGCACUCCCUCACAGCACUCCCUCACAGCACUCCCUCACAGCACUCGCUCCCAGCACUCCCUCACAGCACUCCCUCACAGCACUCCCUCACAGCACUCCCUCACAGCACUCCCUCACAGCACUCCCUCACAGCACUCGCUCCCAGCACUCCCUCACAGCACUCCCUCACAGCACUCCCUCACAGCACUCCCUCACAGCACUCCCUCACAGCACUCCCUCACAGCACUCCCUCACAGCACUCCCUCACAGCACUCCCUCACAGCACUCCCUCACAGCACUCGCUCCCAGCACUCCCUCACAGCACUCCCUCACAGCACUCCCUCACAGCACUCCCUCACAGCACUCGCUCCCAGCACUCCCUCACAGCACUCCCUCACAGCACUCCCUCACAGCACUCCCUCACAGCACUCGCUCCCAGCAUUCCCUCACAGCACUCCCUCACAGCACUCCCUCACAGCACUCCCUCACAGCACUCCCUCACAGCACUCGCUCCCAGCACUCCCUCACAGCACUCCCUCACAGCACUCCCUCACAGCACUCCCUCACAGCACUCCCUCACAGCACUCCCUCACAGCACUCGCUCCCAGCACUCCCUCACAGCACUCCCUCACAGCACUCCCUCACAGCACUCCCUCACAGCACUCCCUCACAGCACUCCCUCACAGCACUCCCUCACAGCACUCCCUCACAGCACUCCCUCACAGCACUCCCUCACAGCACUCGCUCCCAGCACUCCCUCACAGCACUCCCUCACAGCACUCCCUCACAGCACUCCCUCACAGCACUCCCUCACAGCACUCCCUCACAGCACUCCCUCACAGCACUCCCUCACAGCACUCCCUCACAGCACUCCCUCACAGCACUCGCUCCCAGCACUCGCUCCCAGCACUCCCUCACAGCACUCCCUCACAGCACUAGCUCACAGCACUCGCUCACAGCACUCCCUCACAGCACUCCCUCACAGCACUCCCUCACAGCACUCGCUCCCAGCACUCCCUCACAGCACUCCCUCACAGCACUCCCUCACAGCACUCCCUCACAGCACUCCCUCACAGCACUCCCUCACAGCACUCCCUCACAGCACUCCCUCACAGCACUCCCUCACAGCACUCCCUCACAGCACUCCCUCACAGCACUCGCUCCCAGCACUCCCUCACAGCACUCCCUCACAGCACACUCCCUCACAGCACUCCCUCACAGCACUCCCUCACAGCACUCCCUCACAGCACUCCCUCACAGCACUCCCUCACAGCACUCCCUCACAGCACUCGCUCCCAGCACUCCCUCACAGCACUCCCUCACAGCACUCCCUCACAGCACUCCCUCACAGCACUCGCUCCCAGCACUCCCUCACAGCACUCGCUCCCAGCACUCCCUCACAGCACUCCCUCACAGCACUCCCUCACAGCACUCCCUCACAGCACUCCCUCACAGCACUCCCUCACAGCACUCGCUCCCAGCACUCCCUCACAGCACUCCCUCACAGCACUAGCUCACAGCACUCGCUCCCAGCACUCCCUCACAGCACCCCCUCACAGCACUCCCUCACAGCACUCCCUCACAGCACUCCCUCACAGCACUCCCUCACAGCACUCGCUCCCAGCACUCCCUCACAGCACUCCCUCACAGCACUAGCUCACAGCACUCGCUCACAGCACUCCCUCCCAGCACUCCCUCCCAGCACUCCCUCCCAGCACUCCCUCACAGCACUCCCUCACAGCACUCCCUCACAGCACUCCCUCACAGCACUCCCUCACAGCACUCCCUCACAGCACUCCCUCACAGCACUCCCUCACAGCACUCCCUCACAGCACUCCCUCACAGCACUCGCUCCCAGCACUCCCUCGCAGCACUCCCUCACAGCACUCCCUCACAGCACUCCCUCACAGCACUCCCUCACAGCACUCCCUCACAGCACUCCCUCACAGCACUCCCUCACAGCACUCCCUCACAGCACUCCCUCACAGCACUCCCUCACAGCACUCGCUCCCAGCACUCCCUCACAGCACUCCCUCACAGCACUCCCUCACAGCACUCCCUCACAGCACUCCCUCACAGCACUCGCUCCCAGCACUCCCUCACAGCACUCCCUCACAGCACUCCCUCACAGCACUCCCUCACAGCACUCCCUCACAGCACUCCCUCACAGCACUCCCUCACAGCACUCCCUCACAGCACUCCCUCACAGCACUCCCUCACAGCACUCCCUCACAGCACUCCCUCACAGCACUCCCUCACAGCACUCCCUCACAGCACUCCCUCACAGCACUCCCUCACAGCACUCCCUCACAGCACUCCCUCACAGCACUCCCUCACAGCACUCCCUCACAGCACUCGCUCCCAGCACUCCCUCACAGCACUCCCUCACAGCACUCCCUCACAGCACUCCCUCACAGCACUCCCUCACAGCACUCCCUCACAGCACUCCCUCACAGCACUCCCUCACAGCACUCGCUCCCAGCACUCCCUCACAGCACUCCCUCACAGCACUCCCUCACAGCACUCCCUCACAGCACUCCCUCACAGCACUCCCUCACAGCACUCCCUCACAGCACUCCCUCACAGCACUCCCUCACAGCACUCCCUCACAGCACUCGCUCCCAGCACUCGCUCCCAGCACUCCCUCACAGCACUCCCUCACAGCACUAGCUCACAGCACUCGCUCACAGCACUCCCUCACAGCACUCCCUCACAGCACUCCCUCACAGCACUCGCUCCCAGCACUCCCUCACAGCACUCCCUCACAGCACUCCCUCACAGCACUCCCUCACAGCACUCCCUCACAGCACUCCCUCACAGCACUCCCUCACAGCACUCCCUCACAGCACUCCCUCACAGCACUCCCUCACAGCACUCCCUCACAGCACUCGCUCCCAGCACUCCCUCACAGCACUCCCUCACAGCACUAG